AUGGCUGCCCCUCAGCCAAAUGGCAACAAGCCAGUCGCUAAGUCUAGUCACCCUCUCAGCCGGGUCGAUCUAGAUGGCAACGACCUCCCCCCAUCUCCUGCUCCAUCUAGUCCGCGAAACGGACGGCGGCGCUACGCUUUCGCCACCGAACUCGUCUACACAGACAGCAAGGACCAGUACGGCGCCUCGAGCAUCCCUAUCUACCAAUCCGCCACCUUCAAGCAGACGACAGCUUACGGUGGUCAAUCUGAGUACGACUACACGCGUUCGGGCAAUCCCACGCGAACCCAUCUCGAGCGACACAUGGCAAAGAUCAUGAAUGCCAACCGCGCCCUCGCCGUCUCCUCAGGUAUGGGCGCCCUGGAUGUCAUCUCGCGACUCCUCCGACCUGGCGAUGAGGUCAUCACCGGUGAUGAUCUCUAUGGCGGCACCCACCGUCUCCUGACAUAUCUCGGUACCAACCAGGGCAUCACGGUACGCCACGUUGACACAACGAAGGUCGACGUCGUCAAGGCCAGCAUUUCUGAGAAGACGGCUAUGGUCCUCCUUGAGACCCCCACCAACCCUCUCAUCAAGAUUGUCGAUAUUCAGAGCAUCGCCACCUACGCCCACGAGGUCAACCCCAAGUCUCUCGUCGUUGUCGACAACACCAUGAUGUCGCCCAUGCUCCUUAAUCCCCUCGAGAUCGGUGCCGAUAUUGUCUACGAGUCCGGAACCAAAUACCUGUCUGGUCACCACGACAUCAUGGCCGGUAUCAUUGCCACCAACGACACCGAGAUUGGCAACAGGCUCUUUUUCACCAUCAACUCGACCGGCUGUGGCCUGUCACCCAACGACUCCUUCCUGCUCAUGCGUGGCGUCAAGACGCUCGCCAUCCGUAUGGAGAAGCAGCAAGCCAAUGCACAGGCCGUUGCCGAGUUUCUCGAGUCCCAUGGCUUCCGCGUCCGCUAUCCCGGUCUCAAAUCCCACCCCCAGUACGACUUGCACUGGUCGACAGCCCGCGGUGCCGGUGCAGUCCUCUCCUUUGAGACUGGCGACCCUGUCGUGUCGUCCAAGGUUGUCGAGGCUGCCAGGAUCUGGGGCAUCAGCGUCAGCUUCGGCUGCGUCAACAGUCUGAUUAGCAUGCCUUGCCAGAUGAGCCACGCUAGCAUUGAUGCCAAGACCCGCGCCGAACGCCAGAUGCCAGAGGACAUCAUCCGCUUGUGUGUCGGAAUUGAGGAUGCCACGGAUCUGAUAGAGGACCUUUCUCGCGCACUUGUGCAAGCCGGUGCUGUCACCGUGACUAUGGACGGAUUCCACGCGGCCGGCGCUGCAGCAGAAAUUGGCAAGACCCCGCUCACUAUUUGA